CACAGCAGCGACAACCGGUGUCUGGACAGGCUAUCGAUCCUCUAUCCCCAGAGCUCCACCUGACUUUCCCCUCCCUCCCCCGGACUCCCUCGUCGGGUCGUCAACCCCCCAGCUUGGCUGGGUUCCGCGCCCUCAGGCACUACCUCCGCCUCGGGGGGAGUGUCGCCCAGACCAUCCCUCACCAUGGUCUACGAUUGGGAUGGCAAGCGGGAGAUCUGCUAUCAGAUGUACAUCAAGGACAAGAAGGCCCUGGAGGAGAUUAUGGAGUACAUGAAGAAUGUCUAUCAGUUCGCUCCCAGUAAACGCGCGUUCCAAACCCAAUUCAAACGAUGGGGCUUCCCUUCGAAACAGAACCCGGCGCAUAAGAAUGUCGAGCUCGUGGCCCGGGUCAAGCAGCUCUGGGAGAAGAAUACGAGUCAGCGAGACAUGCUACGGAUACUGAAUGAUGAGGGAUUCGAGAUCAAGGAGCGAGAGCUGAUGCGGGUGCGUGCCAAGAACCGCUGGUUACUCCGCGUUCCCAACGGCAUGAAAUCACAAUCGCGUCUCCAGACCCCCGUCCAAUUACCGGAAGAUGUGGGCCUACUCGCGCUGCAGCAGGAAGUCUACAAAACCGAAACCCCCUUCGACGACACCGAGAACCUCCCCACCACCACCGCGACCGGCCCGGCCUCCCCUGUGUUGCCCCCCGAAGUUCUGGCGAAGCGCAAGGAGCGUCUGGAGCGACUGAAAGUCGAAAGUGAAGAGCGCUGGGCCAGCCGGAAACGUCGCCGCCGGACGCGCGGGUGGGCUGGGCUGCCCGCUGAUCCUCCGGGCCCUCCGCGCUUCCCCUCGGAGACCACGAUUGAUGAGAGCAAGAAAUACCUUGGUUUAGACAGUGCGCUGUAUCGCCAAGUCCGGGAUCAGUUUCAGCGGAUCUGUGAAGAAGCCGGCUUCAUCAAGAAAACCGUUGCUGGGCCCGAGAGAUGGCAGGACGCCAAGAACAAGCUGAUCGAGGGAUCGCGACAUCUCCAACAGGUGUUCUGGCAUGACCCCAAUCAGCUGGAUGCCAAGACCCUCGCACUAGACGUGCUGUGCACGGAUGUGACAAAGAGGAUGAGGACCUUGGAGCGGCGCAUGACCAUCGCCGAGGCCAAGAACGUCCUCGGCAUCAAUCCGGAGGAAAGCCGGCAGAUCCGCAACGCAUUCUACAAUACCCUCAAAGCAGAUCAUUUUACGAGCAAGUUGGAGGCUGGUGACGAGCAUUGGAAGGAACUGAAGGACCAGUGGAUCGAGAACUCGGAGCUCUUGCGCCGGAUCCUUGCCCCCGGCGCGACAGACCCAGACCAUGCUGCGAAGGUGAAAGCCCUGGAGGUCCUCUGCCGCGAUGUCAUGAAACGACUUCGAGACGACCAGACCAAGAGAGACCCCUCCCGCAAACCGUCCAUCCCUCGCUCGCAGGCCCCCCACUCCGACGCAGAAAGUCCUCCAGUCAGCAGCACCUACGGCAGCGGCAUCACCAACGGAAUCAGUACACUAGCCUCGCAGGCGCUGGCCAGUGCCACAAGCGACCUCAGCGACAUGCAGAUCGAUCCCUCCCUCCUACAAGCAGCCAAUGACCCAUCCUUCGCCACGGCCACCCAGCACGAUUCAGCCAACGGCUUCGGGUACGUGGACCCGCUACUAGCACCCUCGAUGCUGCAUGUCCCCGUAUAUCUACGCAUCCACCCCCAGAGCCCACUACACGGGGACUCAAAGACAUGGGUAGACAAGUUGACUGCGCGGUCGGUGGUGGAAUUACACCAAAUUGUCAGCGCAAAGUAUCCGGAUGCCGUGGUGACGAAAAUCGAAGGCAUGGACCGCGACGACAAAGGCCACGAGAUCCCUUUUGUCAUUGACGAGGACCAUGAGCUGGAUGCGUACCUAACGCACGUGCAGGGGCGAAAAGCCACAUUUGUUUUUUGCUUGAACUGAACUACACUAAACUGCCUGCGUGUGUUGCCUCGCCGUAGUGCCUGUACCCGUUACAUCCUCCCGAAUAAUACCCAUAUCUACAAUGCAACCAGAUUUUUCUACCUGG